UAGCGGGGCGGCGGGUGGGUGCCACGCAGUUUCCGUAACGGGGCGGCCGGUGGGCGCCGCGUAGUUUCCGUAGCGGGGCGGCGGGCGGGCGCUGCGCAGUCUCCGCAGCGGGGCGGGCCCAGGUGGAUGAAGUGACCUGACAGCGGGGACACGGCGGCGGCGACGGGAGGAAAUGGCGGCGGCGGGCGGCGCCGGGAGGUCCGGGCUGUGACGCGCGCGCCCCGGCGGGCGCCGAUGGUUCUCGAAGGCCCGCGGCGCCCCGAGCUGCAGGUUAUCUAGGGCAUGAAUCAAUCUAGACGUGGCAACUGAAAGGUCUUAGAAUCAGCCUUUUGAGAGUAGAAGUGGGCAUGCUGUGAUCUUCUGAGAAACUGCUGUCAUGAUGUCAAAAUGCAGUUCAGACAAUAGCAACACAGAGAUCGCAAACAUUAAAACGUAAGCUGUGCUAGCGCAGACAUGCAGUGACAGAGACUCGUGAUGAGUGACAAGCCUCGCUUUGCCACCCUCAGCAUGGCCGGCCUGCAGCUCAUGACCCCCGCUUCCUCACCAAUGGGUCCUUUCUUUGGACUGCCAUGGCAACAAGAAGCAAUUCACGAUAACAUUUACACGCCAAGAAAAUAUCAGGUGGAACUGCUGGAAGCGGCUCUGGACCGUAACACCAUCGUCUGUCUGAACACCGGCUCGGGGAAGAUGUUUAUUGCUGUCCUGCUGACUAAGGAGCUGUCCUACCAGAUCCGGGGAGACUUCAACAGCGACGGCAAGAGGACGGUCUUCUUGGUCAACUCUGCUAACCAGGUUGCUCAGCAAGUGUCAGCCAUCAGGACUCACUCAGACCUCAAGGUUGGGGAGUACUCAGACCUAGAAGCAAGUGCAUCUUGGUCAAGAGAAAAAUGGAACCAAGAGUUUGCUAAACACCAGGUCCUCGUCAUGACCUGCUGUGUUGCCUUGAACGUUUUGAAAAACAAUUACCUGUCACUGUCAAAUAUUAACCUUCUGGUGUUUGAUGAGUGCCAUCUUGCAAUCCUAGACCACCACUACCGCGAAAUCAUGAAGCUCUGUGAAAACUCUCCGUCGUGUCCACGGAUCUUGGGGCUCACGGCUUCCAUUUUAAAUGGGAAAUGUGAUCCGGAGGAAUUGGAAGAAAAGAUUCAGAAGCUGGAGAAAAUCCUCAAGAGUAAGGCCGAAACCGCGACUGACCUGGUGGUGUUAGACAGAUACACUUCACAGCCGUGUGAGAUCGUGGUGGACUGUGGGCCUUUCACGGACAGAAGCGGGCUGUACGACAGGCUGCUCAAGGAAUUAGACGAAGCACUUGACUUCGUCACCGACUGUAACAUAUCCGCGCACUCGAGGGAAAGGGACUCCAUGCUUAUCUCUAAGCAGAUCCUGUCCGACUGCCGCGCAGUGCUGGUGGUGCUGGGCCCCUGGUGCGCGGACAAGGUGGCGGGGAUGAUGGUGCGGGAGCUGCAGAAGCACGCCAAGCACGAGCAGGAGGAGCUGGCCCGCAAGCUGCUGCUCUUCGCGGACACGUCGCUGCGCAAGGUGCACGCGCUGUGCGAGGAGCACUUCUCGCCCGCCUCGCUGGACCUGGGCUUCGUCACCCCCAAGGUGCUGCGGCUGCUGGAGAUCCUGCGCAAGUACAAACCCUUCGAGCGGCAGCAGUUCGAGAGCGUCGAGUGGUACAACAACAGGAACCAGGACGACUACGUGUCCUGGAGCGACUCCGAGGGCGAGGACGACGACGAGGAGGAGGCCGAGGAGGAGAAGCCCGAGACCAACUUCCCUUCCCCGUUCACCAACAUCCUGUGCGGGGUUGUCUUCGUGGAGAGGAGGUACACGGCGGUUGUGCUCAACAGGCUGAUAAAGGAGGCUGGCAAGCAGGACCCGGAGCUGGCUUACAUCAGCAGCAACUUCAUAACUGGACACGGCAUCGGGAAAAACCAGCCUCGGAACAAGCAGAUGGAAGCGGAGUUCCGAAAACAGGAGGAGGUGCUCAGGAAGUUUCGAGCUCAUGAGACCAACCUGCUCAUUGCAACCAGCAUCGUGGAAGAGGGUGUGGACAUACCAAAAUGCAACCUGGUGGUCCGAUUUGAUCUGCCCACAGAGUAUCGGUCCUACGUCCAGUCUAAGGGCAGAGCCCGGGCGCCCAUCUCUAAUUAUAUCAUGUUGGCAGAUACUGACAAAAUAAAGAGCUUUGAAGAAGACCUCAAAACGUACAAAGCCAUCGAAAAGAUUUUAAGAAACAAAUGUUCCAAGUCAGCUGAGACUGGGGAGGCUGACUCUGACCCUGUCGUGGACGACGACGACAUCUUCCCGCCGUAUGUGUUGAGGCCGGAUGACGGCCCUCGAGUCACCAUCAACACGGCCAUCGGACACAUCAACAGAUACUGUGCACGAUUACCCUGCGAUCCCUUCACUCACCUGGCCCCUAAGUGUAGAACCCGGGAGUUGCCUGAUGGUACAUUUUAUUCAAGUCUUUUUCUGCCAAUUAACUCACCUCUUCGAGCCUCCAUUGUUGGCCCGCCCAUGAACUGCAUCCGCUUAGCUGAAAGAGUGGUAGCUCUCAUUUGCUGUGAGAAGCUGCACAAGAUUGGUGAGCUGGACGACCACUUGAUGCCUGUCGGGAAGGAGACGGUCAAAUACGAGGAGGAGCUGGACCUGCACGACGAGGAGGAGACCUGCGUCCCAGGGCGGCCGGGCUCCACCAAGCGCAGGCAGUGUUACCCCAAAGCGAUCCCAGAGUGCCUGAGGGACAGCUACCCCACCCCGGACCAGCCCUGCUACCUGUACGUGAUCGGCAUGGUCCUUACCACCCCACUGCCCGACGAGCUCAACUUCCGGAGGCGGAAGCUGUACCCGCCGGAGGAUACCACCCGCUGCUUUGGGAUCCUCACCGCCAAGCCCAUACCUCAGAUCCCACACUUCCCUGUGUACACCCGCUCGGGAGAAGUGACCGUCUCCAUAGAGCUGAAGAAGUCGGGCUUCGCGCUGCCCCUGCGGCAGCUGGAGCUGAUCACGCGGCUGCAUCAGUACAUCUUCUCCCACAUCCUGCGGCUGGAGAAGCCCGCACUCGAGUUCAGGCCCGCCGACGCCGACUCCGCCUACUGUGUUCUACCUCUGAAUGUCGUGAAUGACUCUGGCACUUUGGACAUCGACUUCAAGUUCAUGGAGGAUAUAGAAAAGUCUGAAGCCCGCAUUGGCAUCCCCAGCACCAAGUACUCAAGAGAAACCCCCUUUGUUUUUAAACUAGAAGACUACCAGGACGCUGUUAUCAUCCCCAGAUACCGCAAUUUCGAUCAGCCGCAUCGGUUUUAUGUGGCGGACGUAUACACCGACCUCACCCCCCUGAGUAAGUUCCCUUCCCCCGAGUACGAGACGUUCGCCGAGUACUACAAGACCAAGUACAACCUGGACCUGACCAACCUCAACCAGCCACUUCUGGACGUGGACCACACUUCCUCAAGACUCAACCUGCUGACGCCACGCCACUUGAAUCAGAAGGGGAAAGCCCUCCCUCUGAGCAGCGCCGAGAAGAGGAAAGCCAAGUGGGAGAGCUUGCAGAACAAACAGAUCCUGGUCCCGGAGCUGUGCGCCAUCCAUCCCAUCCCGGCCUCCCUGUGGAGAAAGGCCGUCUGCCUUCCCAGCAUCCUCUACCGCCUCCACUGCCUUCUGACCGCAGAGGAGCUGAGGGCGCGGACGGCCGGGGACGCCGGGGUGGGGGUCCGGGCCCUGCCCGCGGACUUCAGGUACCCGAACCUGGACUUCGGCUGGAAGAGGUCCAUCGACAGCAAGUCCUUCGUCUCCGCGGCCGAGCACGAGCCUCCCUGUGGGCACGGCGCCGCAUCCCCGGACCUCGAGGACCCCGCGCCCUUGCCCCGCGGACCCCCGCCCCACCCGGCGCCCCGCAACGGCCCCGCUCCCGCUCCCGCCCUGCUGGCCGGUGGGGCCCCCUGCCAAGGAACUGCGCCCGCGCCCCCCACUACCUCAGUCCCCGCGCCCGGCGGCGGCGCUCACACAUCUACCUCAGGCGGGGGCCCCGCGACCCCCGGCUACUCCUCCCGGACCCUGGGCCCGAACCCGGGGCUCAUCCUCCAGGCCCUGACCCUCUCCAACGCGAGCGACGGCUUCAACCUGGAGCGGCUGGAGAUGCUGGGGGACUCGUUCCUGAAGCACGCCAUCACCACCUACCUGUUCUGCACCUACCCCGACGCCCACGAGGGCCGCCUGUCCUACAUGAGGAGCAAGAAGGUCAGCAACUGUAACCUCUACCGGCUUGGAAAAAAGAAGGGUCUGCCCAGCCGCAUGGUGGUGUCGAUAUUCGACCCCCCGGUGAACUGGCUUCCUCCUGGUUACGUGGUAAAUCAAGACAAAAACACAGAUAAAUGGGACAAAGAUGAAAUGACGAAGGACGGCCUCCUCGCCAACGGCCAGCUGGCCUUGGACCUGGCGGACGCGGAUGCGGAUGCGGCACUGUGGCCGGCCCCCCGGGAGGAGCCCGACGACGAGGACGAACUGCUGGAGUACGACCAGGAGCACAUCCGCUUCAUCGACAGCAUGCUCAUGGGCUCGGGGGCCUUCGUGCGCAAGAUCUCGCUGGCCCCGCUGGCGCCCGGGGACCCCGCGUACCAGUGGCGGGCACCCCGGAGGUCGCCGGCCGAGCCGGAGGACUUGGACUACAGCUCCUGGGACGCCAUGUGCUACCUGGACCCCAGCAAGGCGGCCGAGGACGAUGACUUCGUGGUGGGCUUCUGGAACCCGGCGGAGGAGGGCGGCGGGGUGGACGCGGGCCGGCCCAGCAUCUCCUACGACCUGCACACGGAGCAGUGCAUCGCCGACAAGAGCAUCGCCGACUGUGUGGAGGCCCUGCUGGGCUGCUACCUGACCAGCUGUGGCGAGCGCGCCGCCCAGCUCUUCCUCUGCUCGCUGGGCCUCAAGGUGCUGCCCGCCGGCCCCAGCCCCGCCGCCCCCCGGGACCUGCAGUACGGCCGCCUCCAGAUCCCGCCCCGCUGCAUGUUCGACCACCCGGACGCCGAACGGACCCUCAGCCACCUCAUCUCGGGCUUCGAGAACUUCGAGAGGAAGAUCCGCUACAGGUUCCAGAACAAGGCCUACCUGCUCCAGGCCUUCACACACGCCUCCUAUCACUACAACACCAUCACGGAUUGUUACCAGCGCCUGGAGUUCCUGGGUGACGCCAUCCUGGACUACCUCAUCACCAAGCACCUGUACGAGGACCCUCGCCAGCACUCCCCGGGCGUCCUGACCGACCUGCGCUCCGCUCUGGUCAACAACACCAUCUUCGCGUCGCUGGCGGUAAAGCACGACUACCACAAGUACUUCAAGGCCGUGUCGCCCGAGCUCUUCCACGUCAUUGACGACUUCGUGCAGUUCCAGCUGGAGAAGAACGAGAUGCAGGGCAUGGACUCGGAGCUCCGGAGGUCGGAGGAAGACGAAGAGAAGGAGGAGGAUAUCGAGGUCCCCAAGGCCAUGGGGGACAUCUUCGAGUCGCUGGCGGGGGCCAUCUACAUGGACAGCGGGAUGUCACUGGAGGUUGUUUGGCAGGUGUACUACCCCAUGAUGUGGCCCCUCAUAGAAAAGUUCUCCGCCAACGUGCCCCGCUCUCCCGUGCGGGAGCUGCUGGAGAUGGAGCCAGAGACCGCCAAGUUCAGCCCGGCCGAGAGGACCUACGACGGCAAGGUCAGGGUCACGGUGGAGGUCGUGGGCAAGGGCAAGUUCAAGGGCGUCGGCCGCAGCUACAGGAUCGCCAAGUCUGCCGCCGCCAGGCGCGCCCUGCGGAGCCUCAAAGCGAACCAACCUCAGGUGCCCGACAGCUGAAGCCCCUCGAGCAAACAAACAGAUCAAGGUUGCUUUUCUUAAAAGAAAAAAAAGAAAGAGAAGAAAAGACAGAAUGGUGAGGGGAGGAUCGAGCCAGUGGAAGGUGACCUUCCGGAAGCAGAGCCGGAGCCACCCGGAGGAUCCACCCGGUCGCAAGCUCGGCCCGCGGAGAGAACGGCCAGGACGCGGCCUAGUUCUGGGCCUCUCAUGCAGACAGUCUUGUCCCCUUUCUCCCCGGGCGCCGCCAGCCCGGCCCCGGUCGCGCGGCCCUGGGCUCCCGGGGGGACGUCGUCAGCUUGGCUUAUGGCUCGUGUUUGCAGGCCAAGGGCGUCCCCCGGCCCCCGCCCGUGUCCCCGAGCACCCUCCGUGUGGUCCGGCCGGAUGGGGUCUCUCCGCCUCAGCGCCUCAGCGCCUCAGCCGCGGCAGAGAGCGUCUGUCGCCUUGCCUGGAGAGCCCUGAGCUGACGGCCCGGCCCCUUGAUUUCUGCCGUGACAGAAGCAGGCCCGCUCCUGGCCCGCGGGCCCAGGGUCUCCCUCGGGUGGCCGAACACCCGCUGCGGGAGGAGUUGGCCGCCGACCCUCCCUCCGCCCGCUGAGGUGAACCUGAGACGUGUCAGACCCGAGCUGCGCUGCGCUUUCAGAGCCGAGUGGUUAGCGCUUCAGGGGACACACGGAGGACCUCCCUGCCCUCCGUCUCCUCCCCUCGCCGCCCAGCCCCCACCCGUCUCUCCCCUCGAGGCUCGCGUCCUGCGAGACAGACAGACAGACAGACGGCCGGCCGGCCGGCCGAUGCAGCUCACCGGUUCGGACCCCAGCUCGCGUCCCCGCGGGCGAGCAGACGGAGCGAGGGCACCUGGGCGCCUCCGCCGAUUACCUCACUUCCUUCCUUCUGCAUGCGUCCAGCCCUCCGUCCGUUGGUGCUACGUUCACGGGCGAUGCUUGAAACCGGCCUCCUCCUCCUCCUCCUCCUCCUCCUCCUCCUCCUCUUCCUUUUUGCACGGUAACUACGAUACCUCUCACAGUCCUCGCCCGAGCUGCGGGAGCUGCGGGUCUGUCGGAGGCGCCCGCCUGCUCCUGCUCGUCCGCCCUGCUCGGGGGCCGCAGCGAGGACUUCUUGCUUGUUCUGCCCCCGCCCCCCAGCCCUCAGGGCCGCGGCCCCUCUCUGAAGGCAGCCCGGGGUGGCGGUGUCAGCCCUCCCGGCAUCCCCUGUUGUCCCAGUCACACACUUCAGUUGGGGUCUCCGUGCCGGAACGAGCUUCCUGGCCAGUCACAGGAAGCAGAGGCGGACACAGACGAAUACCUCAAGGCGUUCCGGGCAAGCACUUCUCCAGAGCAGUGAGGGCGACCGCUGCGACGACACCACAGCCGCCACGAUCCCCGACUCCCGGGUGCCAUACGCCCUCGUCCCUGCCCUCGUCCCUGCCGGCACCCAUAGGAGAGGCGUCACCCAGCGGACGCCUCAGUGAGCAGUGAGAGAGCGGCGACUUCAGAGGGACUGUGGUGAGGUCACAGGCCCCCGGGUGUCAUCCACAGCAGUCCCCUCGUGGGGUGGGAACCGAAGCUCACACUCUGAUUCUGGCGACCGGGUUUGAGAGGCGGCUCUGCAGCCCCUGCCACCCGGGGUGUCUGUCACGCAGCAGCUCGGCCGGCGGGAGGCGGGUGUCCCGCACCUGUCCCCGGGGCUGGCGACUCCCCGGUGGGGACGGUGCGGCGGCCCGUGCUGGCGGUCUGGAGCUGCCAUCAGUGAUGCUUCUCGGCGCGGACGGGCACGCGCUUGGCACCCCGCUUCAAGGAGGGAGUGCCGGGGGGGACGCACGCGGUCGUGACGGCCCAGAUUCUAGAGAGUUCUGUCGCCUGUGACGUGUCACGUGAACUCGCUCAACUUUAAGUAGGUCACAUAUGUGUGUGCGUGGAUUUUUUUUUUUUUUUCGGUCCGUGACAUGUUUGCUGUGUGUGAAAGGAUGAGAGAGAUGCGUCCACUGAACUCUUAAUUAUGUCCUCAGAGCGUCGGUCGCAGCUUUUUAUUUCUCCCGUGUCUCUGACAUCCCUUGAAGUGAUGAAGUUGUAGGGUAGCCCUCCUGCGUUCUCUCCUAAAAGACUGAAUUUUUACUCGCUCGAGAGUAGCUUCGCCUCAGAGGUUCAGUUCACCCUGCCGCCGGGGCGGGGGCCGAGGCCACUCUGGGUUCUGGCCCCCCACCCCACCCCCGUCGUCAGGUGACAGGAACCACGGGACCCCAGCCCGCCCUCCGCCCACGGCUCAGCUUAAGGCUCCGCUGCCGUGAAACGUUCCAUGUUUGCCGAUAGGACAAGUAAGCCUCUCACGGAAGGUCGGCCCGUGUUUCCUCUCAGCUGCGUCAGGAAUCAGGUCGGGGUCUGUCCCCCGUUCUCUCUGACACCCGAAGACUAGAGCCCCACGUCACGUCGUCACCCAUGUGGUCGUUUUAAACUGCAUUUUAAAAUAGGUAUAUUUUUUCAACCACUGAUCGCUUUUCAGGAAUUUAAUUAUUUCCAGAUAAAUUUCUUUAUUUUAUAUUGUACAUGAAAAAGUUUUUAAGCGAUGUUUAAGAUCAAGAACACCCAACUGAUUUUACCACAGCCUUUAGAGACGCCAGUAGCGACACAGAGGCCGCCCCGGGACCAGUGCAUUUUCCCCCCUCCGUGAACAAGGAGCUUUCGAAGCAGAACUUGUAAAUAGAUUUUAAUCAUUGGUAUUUUCCCCCCAGUCCGUCCCGGUCUGGGCGUCCACCACGACAGUUUGAACCUGUAUAGACGCACGCAGAUCCCUCUCCAGGAGGAGGACAGGAGCACGGCCGGGGGACUUGCUGCUGUAAAUAGUCGAGGGGAGAGGCGGGCCCGCUCGCCCGCUACGGUGCCCGGACCUCAGAUCACUGUCAUCUCUGUCUUUUAUCUUAUUUUACUUUUUAAUGAUUGUAGCUGAGUAGAUCGCCAAUAAAGUCAUGUCUGCUGG